AUGUCCUCUGAUUCCUCUCAUAUUGAACGGUACAUCAGCGACAAUUGCAUUGAGCUGUUUGGACUAGCGGAUCGAAGUAUCAUCGACUAUGUACUAGCGUCAGCUUCCUCCUCCAAAACACCUGAUGCCCUCUUCACUGCCCUCAAUUCUUCCGGUCUGCCAGAUACUGCAUCUGCACACGCAUUUGUGAACGAAGUAUUCCAACGAGCGCCUCGGAAGCACAAACACAAGAAGGAUAGUACACAUCGUCAGGCUGAAAAAGAAGCAAAGGGUCUAAGAACUCAAAAAUUCACAUAUCUCCUCGACGACGAUGGCGGUACAAGUUCGAACCAGAAGCAGGAGAAAAAGGAGAAGCGUAAAUCGGACAAACGGGAGAAGCAGAUUCGAAAACGGGAUUACGACGAGAGGGAUUGGGAAAGCGACGAGGAAGAGAAGGCUAGGAAAAAGCUUAGGGCAGAAGGAGAUUACAAGCAGGAAGAUGUGGACUUGGAGGCGUAUGAGCCUGAGGAGGAUGAAGAAGUCAGGAAAGAAAGAGAACGUUUAGAGGAUUUAAAGGAUCGUGAUGCCUUUGCAGAACGGGUUCGGGAACGUGAUAAAAACCGUACGAAGAAAGUAGUAGAAGACAGGUCGUCGAAACUCUCAGGCGCCGCCGCAGAUGCUGCAAGACGACGACAACUGGCUGACGACUCGGAAGCUCGUGGAGCUGCCAUGCCCUCUCUUCGAAUACAUUCUCGGCAGGAAUAUCUCACUAAACGUGAGCUGCAGCAGAUCGAACUUCUACGGAAGGAAAUUGCGGACGACGAGGCUUUGUUCAGCGGUAUGAAGAUCUCGAAACGCGAGCGGGCAGAACUAGAUCGAAAGAAGGAGUUGUUGAAACUUGUAGAGGAGAGAAUGAAGAUUAACGACAAGUACGAUGGAUACCAGUUGCCCGAAGAUUAUAUCACAGAACAAGGGAAGAUCGACAAAAAGAAGAAGGAGAACGCAUUGUAUCAACGGUACGAGGAUGCCAAACCUAAAGACGACCAGUUCGUCACGGACGUGGAUCAAUGGGAGGCGAGUCAAACUCAACACAGUACAUUCAAAGUUGGAGCCAUGGACAAGCGUGAACUGGUUGACGACUACGACUACGUAUUUGACGAGAGUCAGACAAUACAGUUCAUCAUGGAAAAGGCACCGGAGAAGAAGUUGUCGCCUGCCGAAAAGUUGUUACAAGAACAAAUUGAAGCUGCUGAGAAACACGCAAAAACCAUUGAAGAAACUCGAAAGUCCCUUCCGAUCUACGCCUGGAAAGAGAAGCUCAUUGAGGCCGUUAGGGAACAUCAAGUUCUCAUAGUCGUUGCCGAAACGGGCUCUGGCAAGACUACUCAGAUUCCGCAGUAUCUUCACGAAGCGGGUUUCACAGACGGGGGUAUGAAAGUUGGUUGUACUCAACCGCGUCGAGUUGCUGCGAUGUCUGUCGCUGCUCGUGUCGCCGACGAGAUGGGCACAAAAGUUGGAUACGAAGUUGGGUACUCGAUCCGAUUCGAAGACUGCACCAGCGAUAAGACAGUACUCAAAUACAUGACGGACGGGAUGCUUCUUAGAGAAUUUCUCACAGAACCCGACCUUGCCAGCUACUCUUGCUUGGUUAUUGACGAAGCCCACGAAAGGACGCUAAAUACAGAUAUCCUGUUCGCUCUAGUCAAGCUGGUCUCAAAUUUUGUGAAGGAUAUCGUCCGUUUCCGCCCAGAACUUCGACUAUUAAUUUCUAGUGCAACGCUCAACGCGGAAAAAUUCAGCGAAUACUUUGACGAUGCGCCUAAAUUUUACGUGCCUGGUCGUACCUAUCCUGUUGACAUUCACUACACUCCCCAGCCGGAGGCCAAUUAUCUUCAUGCUGCCAUCACAACCGUUUUCCAGAUCCAUACCACGCAACCCAAAGGUGAUAUACUGGUCUUCCUCACAGGUCAGGAAGAGAUCGAAGCCUGUCAUGAAAAUCUUCAAGAAACAGCACGGACGUUGGGAAACAAAAUUGCGGAGCUCAUCAUCUGUCCUAUAUACGCUAAUCUCCCUAGCGACAUGCAAGCCAAAAUAUUUGAACCUACUCCAGAGGGCGCUCGUAAGGUUGUUCUGGCGACGAAUAUUGCCGAAACUUCGAUCACAAUCGAUGGCGUAGUCUUUGUUAUCGACCCAGGAUUCGUCAAGCAGAACUCUUACAACCCCAGGACAGGCAUGUCCUCUCUCGUUGUUGUCCCUUGCUCUCGUGCCUCUGUAAAUCAAAGAGCUGGUCGUGCUGGUCGCGUCGGACCAGGGAAAGCGUUUCGAUUAUUCACAAAGUGGGCAUUCAAUAACGAGUUGCAAGAAGACACUGUGCCUGAGAUACAACGAACAAAUCUCGCUAUGGUUGUUUUACUCUUGAAGUCCCUGGGUAUCAAUGAUCUCAUUGGGUUCGAAUUCAUUGACCCACCUCCGGGGGAGACAUUGAUGCGUGCUUUGGAGCUUCUGUAUGCUUUGGGUGCGCUCAACGAUCGUGGAGAGAUGACCAAACUUGGACGAAGAAUGGCCGAAUUCCCUGUUGAUCCCAUGUUAUCGAAGGCCAUAAUUUCGAGUGAACAAUAUCAGUGCACCGAGGAGGUUCUCACCAUUAUUUCGAUGCUUUCAGAGUCAGGGUCCUUGUUUUAUCGGCCAAAAGACAAGAAACUUCAUGCAGAUCAGGCCCGUCAAAACUUUGUCCGUGCUGGCGGCGAUCACUUCACCCUCCUCAACGUCUGGGAGCAAUGGGCGGAAACCAACUACUCUCAGCAAUUCUGCUAUGAACAAUUUCUGCAGUUCAAGAGCAUCAGUCGAGCGCGAGAUAUUCGUGACCAACUCGCUGGUCUCUGUGAACGAGUCGAAAUCGUUCCAGAGUCUAAUCCCAACUCCAACGAUAUCACACCCAUACAAAAGGCACUGACUGCUGGAUAUUUCUACAAUACGGCACAACUACAGAAAAGCGGUGAUUCAUAUCGUACACUCAAAACCAAUCACACCGUCUAUAUCCAUCCUUCCUCAAGUCUAUUUCAGCAUCAACCCCCAGUGAAGACAGUCCUCUACUACGAGCUGGUAAUGACAACAAAAUCUUAUAUGAGGCAAGUGAUGGAAAUCAAACCAACUUGGCUACUGGAAGUUGCUCCUCAUUAUUUCCAGCCUGCCGAUCUGGAGCAACUAGCGUCUGGCGACAAGAAGAUGCCUAAGACAGUUGGUGCAUCCACCCAGAAUCCUUAG